CCAGUUUUAAGCUUCUCUCGGCAAGCAUAUAUCCCACACCAUUCAACACUUUAUUCAUCACAAGUACAACAUUCAAUGACACAAUCCCUGCUGUCUGGCAAAUCUUGAUCCUUUCAUACUCAUCAUGCCUGAUGCUGAUGAUGUUUCUCAUGCACUCUUGCUACGCCUUUUCCAAUCGGAAUUCUUCAGUCCACAUUUGGCAUUAUCCUAUCUAAAAACAUAUUCAGAUAGUAUAGGGAUCACAUACUACCUCGUCGAUCAACUUCGAACAACUUUCGAUCCAAGUGAAGUGGAAUUUUAUUGGGCUCAAUUAUGUCACCUUCUAAUCUCUAAACCUUCAAAAUCUCGCGCAUUGGAAUAUUUCAUUUUACAAAGAUGUGAUGAAUCCGUUCAUGUGGCUUUAUUGACUUUAUGGCACUUUCAAGCAGCUCUAUUUGAUAUGAGCAUCAACCCUCAUACGGAAUCAUUUCAAGUUUGUCAAAGGGUCUUCAAUCAAUGUCAACGUCUAUUAUACGAUGAUCCGCUGGCAGAUACGGAUCUCAUAUCUUCUCAUUCAGCUUCAAGCGUCACACUCGGCUCAACAUGGCGAAAAAGACUGCGAAUUAGAGCACGUAGCAAGAAAGGUGAUAAAGUGCUGCCAUCAAAUGCUUUACCUUGUUUCGUUGGAAUGGGUGCCGUGAUCGCAAGCGUGCCGGGAAUGCCUCGAUUGGCAGCUUAUUCAGGUAAAGCGGCUAUCGAACAAGGAAGACGGAAACCUACAGGAAAAGAUUUGGCGCCAUUGGAAGGCUCAGGAAUGUCAAGAAUAGCAGCAAAUGAAGACGAGUCAGGUGGUUCAGACGAAGCGGAGGAGUCUGAUGAUGACGAUGAUGGAACGUACGACGCUGACAAUAGGGGAACUAGUGACCACGAAACUGAUCAGAGAGUGAAUGUGCGACAUGAAAAGAAUCCAAGCGGAAGCUCAUUACGUCAAGAUGAAAACGAAGCCGAUCUUUCCGCUUUCGCUGAAGCAUCAAAAGCAGCUGCAGAAGCAAAGAAGGUCGCAAAUACAUCUCACCCUUCAAGUUCCCACACGCCACCACGCAGAGGAGAACGAAGACGCUCAAAUUCAAAAGAAUUGGUCAACCCAUUCAACCAAUUGACUACUGGCUUUAACGAUCUUCGUGAUAAAACUGUCGCUGCUGUGAAUGAUGUGUUCGGACAGAAGUUCGGAGUUGAUUUUGCUCCCGCAGCAAAUGGGAAGGAAGCCGGCCCACCACCUCUUUGGCAUAGACAGCAUCGCAGGAAGACUAGCUCAACAAAAAAUCAAAUCGGAGCAUCAUCUGCGAACCUUCCAGGUCGGUCUUCCAUUUCUGGCUCUCCAUUUGGAUCUUCGGCAACAGUGGGAGAUGAAGCGCUGGCAUUAACACCUGAGGCAGUGCUGGCACGAUAUGACUUUGAAGCCAGACGAAGAUUAUUACGAUCGAAUUACUGCAGAAAACAAACGCAAUUUCUGCAAACACUUCAAGAUGUUUCAGCGAGAUUGCUACUUCUCCCUAAACCAGCCCGACUUUCUGCUUUGCGUGCAGAACUUACUGAGCUCAAUCAUGGUUUACCCUCUGAAGUAUGUUUUCCACUCUGGUGCGAAGCUGCCACGCAAGAGAAUCAAGAGCAAAGUGAUGCUACAAGCAAGCGAACACCUCUUCCAAAAGGCGAAAAGAGAGGGAGACAUCAUCGCGUUGUACGUAUCAAUCCAAGUGAAGCAGUCGUGCUCAAUUCAGCAGAUCGUGUUCCAUUCCUAUUACAUGUAGAGGUUUUGGUGGAUGAUCUAGAUUUUGAUCCAGAACGAAGAUCAAAUCGGGAAAGUUUGAAGAAGCUGGUCAUGCAAGAAGAUGUUCGAAGGCGGAAGACACUGAUUUCCAGACAAUUCUCUGCUUCAGGAGGUAAUAUUAACAGAUCCAGUGCUGGCGUACCCUCUGGAGCUGUGACAGGCGAUACAUCUCUACCUGCCACACCUACCGCUGCCGAUUCGGUGGAUGAAAGCAAGGCAGAUGUGAGCCAGACUUUACCUCUGUCCCGAGAAAAUGCCUUGGGAGCGGAUCUGAUCCGACGUGGAACACCACCACCUCUUUCCCGGCUAACACCACACUCCUCCACACCACCUGUGAUUGAUGAGGAAGUUUCAGGCGAUGGAGAAGAGAUUGAUCUUACCGAACAGGCGUAUGGAUCUGAUCUGGCUGCAUUUGGAGGUGAUCGAGAAGAGCCAGAUAGCGAUGAAGAAGAUCUUGCGGCUGUGAAUAUUGAUCAUGAUCAUGCUGCAUGGUCAAGAUCUUUGCCAAAUCGUUCUCAACAAGUUGCACCUGCUAUCGAAAUUGCGCCAAGCAAAAAGAGAGAAUUUUCACUGGAUGAAUAUGCAGAACGAAUGCGUACUGCGGCUAUCAUGUUGGCACAAUUGAAUCAGUCAACAAAUGCAUCUGCUCAGCCGAUUGUGGCAACUAAUCCUCACGUUAGUUCGACUGCUCAAGGAGGAUGGAGCAGUUGGAUAAUGGGUACAAGUUGGGCUGCCACUUCAAACGGAUCCAGAAGCGAAGCAGGCCAAGCAAGUGCAGGCUUGAAAGCACCGGUGAUCACAAUCAACAAUGGAGCAGGAGCAGCAACCGUCAAUGGCUCAACUUCAAGUACAUCCCUUGCAGCUGGUGGUCAAGGAGCAGCAGGCCAAGGAUACGGAGCACGCGGAGCAGGGAAGAAGUUGGUACAUACCGAUACAGAAAUGAUUCGUAAACGAAUUAUGCAAGAAAUGAUGGCUUUAGAGGAAGAGAGAAUGGAGCGGAUGAAAUUGGUAAGCAGUAACAGAAAGAUACGAAGAGGAGCAAAUGUGGAAGAUGAAGCAACAGUGCAAAAAGCUGUCAACAAAGAUGAUCCAUCUGCAGCAAUGUUCCGCGAAUCAUGGGCAUCAAAGAAGGCCCGCAUUCGUGCCGCAUCUCCCUAUGGACAUCUUGAAAAUUGGGACGUAUUCAGUGUGAUCGUAAAGACUGGAGCUGAUUUGCGUCAAGAACAGUUGGCAGUUCAGCUCAUCCAAGAAUUUGCACGAAUUUGGGGUGAAACUGGAUCUAGAUGCUGGGUACGAUACUUCCGCAUUCUAGUCACCAGUGAGAAUAGCGGUAUUAUGGAAACAGUUACGGAUUCCGUCAGCGUUCAUAGCAUCAAAAAGGAAGCCUAUAGUAGAAGACAGCAACAAAAUACCCUUCAACAACAGCAGCAAGAACAAAUGAGUGCGAUCGAUAACGCAAUUCAGCCUGCACCUGCUGCGCCUACGAACAAGAUUGCAACCUAUAGCCUUUUGGAUCAUUUUAUUGACACUUUUGGAGAUCCUUCUUCUGCCAAAUUUGGAAAAGCACGACAACGCUUUAUUGAAUCAUUGGCUGGAUAUUCGAUCAUCUCCUACCUUUUGCAAAUCAAAGAUCGUCAUAACGGUAACAUCUUGGUGGACAACGAAGGGCAUCUUAUUCACAUCGAUUUCGGAUUCAUGUUGGGUAUCUCACCCGGAGGAGUUGGAUUUGAAGCAGCACCCUUCAAGAUCACGCAAGAAUACAUCGAUGUGAUCGGAGGCUUGGACUCUGCUAAAUUUGUCGAAUUCAAGAGCUUACUUUGUCAAGGUUUCCGAGAUGUGAGAAAGCAUGCCGAAAGAAUCAUCAUGAUUGUUGAAUUGAUGCAAAAAGAGAGCAAGUUGCCUUGUUUUGCUUUGGGUGAUUUGACAUCUACCUAUUUGCGUGACAGAUUCCAACUUGCACUCAGUCAAACGCAAUGCGAUGAAUUUGUUGACCGAUUGAUCUCUGGCUCGAUCAACUCUACUUUCACACGUCUUUACGAUCAAUACCAGUACUACAGCGAGGGUAUCCUCUCCUGA